AUGUCGAAUUACAUCUUUAAACCUAGUGCUCAAACUGCCUCUUUUGGACCAACAGUAUGGGUUGAGUUCUCACCACUCGCUGCAAAAUAUAAAGCUAUCAAUUUGGGACAAGGAUUCCCAGAUUUCGAACCACCUUCGUUUGUGAGCGAAGCAUCGAUCAAGACAACUGAAUCCGGUGGGUUCAAUCAGUACGCGCGAUCCGCUGGACAUCUGAGACUGGUCAAUGCAAUCUCCACUGUAUAUUCACCGUUGUUUGGACGCACUCUCGAUCCGAUGACUGAGAUCAUGGUGAGUGUCGGUGCCUCCGAGGGUCUGUUCGUUGCCAUCCAAACGAUUGUCAACAAGGGCGACGAAGUCAUCUUGAUCGAGCCAUUCUUUGAUAUCUACACUGGUGCCGUGACAAUGGCAGGUGGUCAAGCAAAGUGCAUAUCACUGCGCGAAUACAAAGAGGAUCGCAAACCUGGCGAACAACGAUCUUCACGUCACUGGAAGUUGGAUUGGAGCGAGUUGGAAUCGGCUAUCACCGACAAGACAAGACUUAUCAUUCUCAACAACCCACACAAUCCAACUGGAAAGGUUUGGUCGCGUGAAGAACUGCUGAAGUUCUCAGAGAUCGUUCAGAAACACCCGCAUCUCACAGUGAUCAGCGAUGAGGUGUACGAGUGGAUGACCUACGACGACGCAGUACACACUCGUAUCGCCACUCUACCAGGAAUGUACGAGCGAACCAUCACAAUUGGCAGCUCCGGAAAGACCUUCAGUAUCACCGGGUGGAAGGUAGGUUGGAUCAUUGGACCACGCGCUAUUGUCUCUGCCAUCUCGAUGAGUCACCAGUACGUACCGUUCAGUGUGUCCACUCCACACCAGGAAGCGGUUGCAAUCGCUCUCGAGCAGGUCGAACAACGUAACUACUUCCACGAGCUGAGGACAAUGUACCAGGCGAAGCGUGACAAGCUGGUCGGUGGAUUGCGUGCAGCCGGCUUGGAUCCGGUCGUACCGGAAGGCACCUACUUUGUUAUGGGUGACACCAGCAACAUCAAGCUGAGUGGUGAUCAAGGACAGAACACCUCACUCACAGGAAUGGGACUAAACUUGCGUGACUGGAAUGUUUGUCGUUGGCUAACAACCGACAUUGGUGUAGCAUCGAUUCCACCCAGUGCUUUCUACAGUGAAGAGCAUGCCAAAGAAGGUUUCAACUAUGCUCGUUUCUGUUUUUGUAAAAAAGAUGAAGUAUUAGAUAGAGCUAAUCAAUCUCUAUUGAAACUUAAAGAUCACAACAAUAACAAUCAAAAAUAA